GCCUUCAAAUUGUGGUGAAGCCCAAACUAACAGAGUGUCUUUAAAAUCUCGCAGAAACCCUAACCCUAAAUCUAGCAUCGCUUCGCAGCAAACGGCACUGAGCAACCAGUAGCAGACAUUUCCUUAGUCAGAUCAAACGAUGUCGGUUGCAGAACUUGCGUGCACUUAUGCUUGUUUGGCCCUCCAUGAUGAUGGUAUCGCCAUCACUGCAGAGAAGAUUGCACAAUUGGUGAAAGCUUCUAAUAUUACCGUGGAAUCUUACUGGCCUAGCUUGUUUGCUAAGCUUGCUGAGAAGCGUAGCAUUGAUGACCUUGUUAUGAAUGUGGGUGCUGGUGGCGGUGGUGCUCCAGCUGCUGUUGCUGCCCCUGCUGGAGGUGCUGGUGGGGCUGCUGCUGCUGCCCCUCCACCAGAGGAGAAGAAGGAGGAGCCAAAGGAAGAGAGUGAUGACGACAUGGGAUUCAGUUUGUUUGAUUAGGAGCUCCUUUCAGUAUGUUUUGGUCAUCAUCUAAAGUGUAGUUUACUUUUGAAUGUAGUAGUAUUUUUCUUUUUGGUUCAAGGUAUUGAUAAUUGCCAGCAUUUGGAUUUUGAAAAUUUUGUGUUUGAGAUUCUGAAUCUAUACAAGUUUUAAUGGAUUAGUUUUGUUUUCA